AUGGGCCUAACAGGCCGUCCGCUUUCCCUGAUGGUCUCUACGGUAGCUACAACAGGCUUUGUACUUUUUGGCUACGAUCAGGGCGUCAUGUCUGGCAUCAUUACCGCCCCAGCUUUCAAUGAUCUCUUCACAGCCACCAAGGGCAACUCUACAAUGCAAGGCUUCGUGACUGCAAUCUACGAGAUUGGAUGCUUGUUCGGUGCCAUCUUCAUCCUCUCUUUCGGUGACUUCCUUGGCCGUCGAAGGGCCAUGAUGAUGGGUGGUAGCAUCAUGAUACUCGGCGUUAUAAUACAAGUGACUUCUGAGCGAAAUUCGACUCCUCUGGCUCAAUUUAUCAUUGGUCGCACUAUUACCGGCGUAGGAAAUGGUAUCAAUACCUCUACCAUCCCUACUUAUCAAGCCGAGUGCUCACGAACGAGUAAUCGAGGGCUUCUGAUCUGCAUCGAAGGCGGCGUCAUCGCCUUCGGAACAUUAGUAGCCUAUUGGAUAGACUACGGCGCAAGCUACGGCUCCCCCAACCUCUCAUGGCGUUUCCCAAUCGCUUUCCAGAUUGUCUUCGCCCUCAUCCUCGUCUUCGGCAUGAUCUGGCUCCCCGAAUCCCCACGCUGGCUUCUAACCCGUGAGCGCUAUGAGGAAGGCGAGACCGUGAUUGCAGCUCUGCGUGGACUGGAACUCGAUGACAAGGAAACACAAUUGCAGAGGCAAAUCAUCAUGGACAGUAUCCGCGCUUCUGGCUACGCAGGUCGGAAGGGCACGCCAUUGAAGGCGGUCUUUUCUGGUGGGAAGACGCAGCAUUUCCGCAGGAUGAUGCUGGGUGUGAGCAGUCAGUUCAUGCAACAAGUUGGCGGCUGCAAUGCAGUCAUCUAUUACUUUCCGAUCCUGUUCGAACAGUCGAUUCAUCAGUCGCAUAAUAUAUCCCUACUUCUAGGCGGCGUCAACAUGAUCGUCUACGCCAUAUUCGCUACGGUAUCUUGGUUUAUCAUAGAGCGCGUCGGACGGCGAAAGCUGUUUCUUUGGGGCACCGUGGGCCAGUGUUUGAGCAUGGUGCUCGUUUUCUCAUGCUUGAUACCCGGAACCACCACCGCUGCGAAAGGUGCCGCUGUUGGACUCUUCACAUACAUUGCUAGUUUCGGCGCAAGCUGGUUGCCACUGCCGUGGCUCUACCCGGCCGAGAUCAAUCCCAUCAAGACACGCCAAAAAGCCAACGCGCUUUCCACCUGCUCAAACUGGCUCUUCAACUUCCUCAUCGUCAUGAUCACCCCAAUCAUGAUCACCAACAUCCACUGGGGCACCUACCUCUUCUUCGCCGUCGUCAACGCCUGCUUCCUCCCCGUCAUCUACUUCACCUACCCCGAAACGGCCCGUCGCUCCCUCGAAGAAAUCGACAUCAUCUUCGCGAAGGGGUACUGUGAGAACAUCGGCUACGUGAGGGCGGCGAGGGAGUUGGAAUUCCUGACGGAUGAGGGCGUUGAUGGGAAGGCGAGGGAGUAUGGACUUGUGGAGGAGGUGAGGGCGGAGAAGCAGGCGGAGAAGUUGGGGGUACUGAUGGAGGUCGAGAAGGGGGAGUGA